AUGCUGCUUCCUACUCUUUCCCUUCUUCCCCUCGCUUUCAGCGCGUUGGCCGACGCGGCUCCGACUCAGGCUCAAGCAAAGAGCCCCAAGGUCGGCCUUACGCCAUACGCUCCCGUGUCAACAUCAUGCCCUAGCACGCCUCUCGUUCGGCCUGCCAGUGGCAUUAGUUCGCAGGAGGCCAGCUAUGUCUCUGCCCGCCACGCCAAAGCCGCUGGCUCGACUACUUCCUACAUCCGCAAGUGGGGUCAUCACGGAAGCAGCAGCAGCAGCACCAAGCUCCCCGUUAUCGGCUUCACUUCCAGCGGAGGCGGCUAUCGCUCCCUUCUGACGACCGCCGGUGUGGUCGAGGCAUUCGACAACCGCGAGUCCUCUUCCGGCGUGGCGGGCAUCUACCAGUCCCUAACCUACCAAGGCGGUCUGUCCGGAGGUGCGUGGUUCCUCAGCUCGCUCGCAGCCAACAACUGGCCUACCAUCACUUCUCUGCGCGACAAUCUCUGGGGCCCGGCGUUCCAAAACUCCCUCCUGGUCCCCGCAAAUCUGCUCUCCACUUCCGACGACACCAUCUACGCUGCCGUCGCCGCCGACAUUGCCGCCAAGGCCGCUGCGGGCUACAAUGUGACCAUUGUGGAUCCGUACGGUCGCCUGCUGUCCUACCAACUCCUCUACGGCUCCGAUGGCGGCGUCCGAGACACGCUCUCCGGCUUGACAGGCCUGAGCAACUUCACCGAGCACAACGUCCCCUACCCCAUCAUGACCACCACCAUUGAUUUCCCAGCCGAGGGCCAGUGCGCUCCUUCCAUCACCGGCCCGAUCUUCGAAUUCCAUCCCUACGAAUACGGCUCGUGGGACCAAGGCGUCGACGCGUUUGCCGUGACGAGCUACAUGGGAUCGAAACUCUCGAACGGAAAGCCGGUCAGCCAGAGCUCUUGCGUCGCAAACUACGACAACAUUGGCUACGUCUUCGGCACGAGCUCCGAUGUCUUCAACAUUGCGCUGGGUGGAGUGUGCUUCACCCCGCCCACGGGCAGCGACAACAUCCUGGAGGCGUUUGAAACGCUCGUUGCAGCCGUCGAGACUCCAUCAGAGGACGACUUGUUCGCCCUCUACGAGAACCCCUUCUACAACUACAAGUCGUCCUCCCUGGUCAGCAACCUGACGCAGCUGACGCUGUCCGACGGCGGCGAGGCCGGCCAGAACAACCCGAUCUGGCCCUUCAUCCAGCCCGCACGCGACGUCGACGUUUUGAUCGUCAACGACAACAGCGCCGACACGGACGGCAACCUGCCCAACGGCACCGAAAUCUACCAAACCUACCUCAACGCGCAACAAUUCGGGCUGAAGAAGAUGCCAUACAUCCCGCCCGUCAACACGUUCGUCAGCGAGGGGCUCAACGAACGCGCCACCUUCUUUGGCUGCAACGAGACGGACACGGUGUUCAUCAUCUACCUUCCCAACGUGCCUUACAUCUAUCCCUCCGGCACUUCCACGGCCAUGCUCGAGUACACCGAGGCGCAGACGGACGGGAUGAUUGCGAACGGGGUGCAGAUUGCGCUGCAGAAUGGCACGGCGGGCUGGCCGGAGUGUCUGGCUUGUGGCAUCAACACCAAGUCCGGGGCGAAGCCUUCCAGCACGUGCAAUGCUUGCUUCAAGAAGUAUUGCUAUUAUCAUUGA